AUGGGCGUAUCAGUCAUUGCAGAUACACCCAUCAUCGGCUUUCAGAAGAAGGACUUGAUCGGGCUUGAUCUCCCGUAUAAUGACGCCCUAGUAAUCUGCAUCCAAAUUGAACAAGCUAUGAUCGAGCGAGUUCACGUGGACGAAGGUAGCGCAGCCAAUAUCCCGCAACUAUCUGUUAUCCAGCAGAUGGGAUUAGAGCCCAAGAUCAGCAAACUUGCCAAAUCACUCACCAGCUUCAAUGGGGCCACAUCAAUCACUAUUGGAACAAUUGACCUAGACGUCCACUCACCCCCAGUGGUCUACUCGCAAACCUUCAUGGUCAUCGACGAGGUCUCUCCCUACAACGGAAUCUUGGGCCGACCAUGGAUCAGCAAUAUCGAAGCCAUCACGUCUGCUCUACACCAGAAGAUCCGCUACCCCAUCCCUGGGGGCGGGAUCAGGCAGAUCAACAGUGACCGAGCCAUGGCAAGGAGAUGCAUAGCCCAAGGGCUCAAGAAGUGCAAGCGGUUGCAGUUCACACCAAGAAGCAAGCCCGAACGGGAGGGAAGUUGCUACCUCACAAUAGUAAUUAAGGAGCCAGGAUCAAGGCGAGGGAAUCCGCCGGAAGACUCCCCUGAAAAGGAUUGGAAGUCUGAGGAUGACGUUGAGUUAGUACACCCUGAUCCUCGCCUGCUAGACAAAGAAGCGCAGAUCGGCUCGCGCCAGAAUCCAGACGAUAAGGAAAGUGACGAGGGAAUCCGCCCGGAAGGCUCCCUUGAAGAAGCCGAGAUCGAUAAGCUUCUAGCUGCCGGCUUCAUUGAAGAGGUCUCCUACUCAGAAUGGCUGUCCAACAUUGUUUUGGUGGCGAAACAAGAAAAGGGCAAGUGGAGAGUUUGCGUCGAUUACACCGACCUCAACAAAGCCUGCCCUAAAGACAACUUCCCACUGUCGAGAAUCGACCAGCUCGUGGAUUCAACUUCCUGCAAUCAGCUGCUCAGCUUCAUGGAUGCCUACUUAGGCUAUAACCAAAUCCUGAUGCACGAAGAUGAUAAGGCGAAGACCUCUUUCAUCAUCGAGAGAGGGACCUACUGCUACAAGGUCAUGCCCUUUGGGUUGAAGAAUGCCGGAGCAACAUACCAAAGGCUCGUGAAUAAAAUUUUCAAGGAACAAAUCAGCAAAACCAUGGAAGUUUACGUGAACGACAUGCUGGUCAAAGCCCCUAAGCGAGCAGACCACAUCAAGAACCUCACUGAGGCAUUCAGCCUGCUCCGCCAGUAUCGCAUGAAGUUGAAUCCAAGUAAAUGCACGUUCGGUGUAUCGUCCGGCCGGUUCCUGGGAUACCUAGUCACUCAACGAGGUAUCGAGGCGCACCCACGCCAAAUCAAGGCAAUUCUCGAUAUGAAGUCACCAUCAACAGUAAAGGAAAUUCAAAGUCUGACGGGCAGAGCAGCGGCCCUCAACCGAUUCCUCUCGAGAUCUACCGACAAGUGCAGACCAUUCUUCAAAGCUUUGAAGAAAGGACAAAAAGAAAAAUGGGACGAGGAGUGCGAAGAAGCUUUCCAGAAUCUAAAGACUUACCUCACUUGUGCGAAGAAGCUUUCGAGAUCUACCGACAAGUGCAGACCCCUACUCUCAAAGCCAGUUCCUGGUGAAGACUUGUUCGUGUACCUGGCAGUGUCCAACUCGGCCAUCAACUCAGCUCUCAUCCGAGAAGAACUGGGGGCCCAACAUCCGGUAUUCUACACGUCAAAAGCCCUUCUCGAUGCAGAGACUCGCUACCCAAAAUUGGAGAAGCUCAUUUUGUCCCUUGUAGUUUCCACGAGAAAGAUGCAACCUUACUAUCAAGCUCACCGAGUCAUCGUCAUGGCCGACUUUCCUUUGAGGUCAAUCCUCCACAGCCCUGACGCGUCUCAACGACUCAUGAAGUGGGCUAUAGAGCUAAGCCAAUACGACCUCCUCUACCGGCCGAAAACUGCAAUAAAAGCCCAGGCUUUGGAAGACUUUGUCGCAGAAUUCACGUCAUCGGCCGAAGAAGAGAAGCUGGUCAGCAAAAAAAAGGAAAGUUCGAGAGCAGACAAGACCUCCGCUGAACCUGACCAACCCAAAGACAUGUGGCAGUUCCGUGUAGACGGAGCAUCGAACCAAAAAGGAGUUGGAGCAGGCGUCGUCAUCAUCACCCCGGAUGGAACCUUGUUGGAGCAAGCUAUCACGCUUGGCUUCCCAGCCUCAAAUAACGAGGCAAAAUAUGAGGCAUUGCUCGCUGGCUUGCGCUUGGCGAAGGAGCUGUCAAUCAAGAAGCUGGCCAUCUACUCAGAUUCCCAGCUGAUCACAAAUCAAGCCUCAGGAGAAUACAUGGUGAAGCACCCAAGGAUUAUCAUGUACCUUGACAAAGUUCAGGAGCUAUUGAAGGCGUUUCCUACCUUCACCAUCCAACAAGUGCCUCGAGCAGAGAACGCGCACGCAGAUGCACUGGUAAACUUAGGAUCAGUGCUUGAUACCCAGUUCAGACACUCUAUCCCGGUCGAGCACCUUGACCAGCCAAGCAUAGAAGAGGCAGAGCAGCCAAACCUGAUGCAGAUCGACGAGGAUCCUAGCUGGCAAGACUCUAUCAUUGACUACCUAGUUAACGAAAACUUACCCAAGGACAAGUCUGAGGCCAGAAAAAUCAAACAGAAGGUUGCGAGAUACUACAUGAAAGGCGACAUGCUUGUUUGCAGAUCAUACUCUGGCCCUCAUCUUACUUGCAUCAAGUACCCGCAGACACUCGAGGUUCUCUGUAAAAUCACGUUGGGGGCAGAUCGCUUGCCCAGAAGGCUCUCAGCAUAA